AUGGAACUGGGAGAAUUACAAAAUUCGGUUUCUAAAAUUUGUGCUAACAAAAUCAGAGAUAAAGAACGGUAUGGUCUUGACUACGAUUUUUUCCAAAACACAAAAUCAGAGAUAAAGAAAAUUUUUGUUGACCCAGAGCAAGUCAACUUUGAACAUAAGUUACAAAACUGCUCGAAACUUCGACCCUGCCCAAAGGAAGAGUUUGAAAAAAAAAUUCUGAAAAACGCUGUUACCAGCUCAAUAUUUCCUAAUAAUAUUCUGGUUAUUGACUGGCAGCCGUUUGAAGCCAUCCCAUCUAACAUCGGGUACAUCGCACAAGACAGAGAUCGAUAUUUUGUCGAUUCGUCAAAUUGUUGUCAGAGCCAUUUGCACCCAUCGUCUUUCAGUCUGGGAAGAUUUGUGCAGGUUGUGUGCGGUAUGGUGUGGUCGUCGACGAUCUACGCUAAGGACUCAGAGCUUUGUCAGUCCCACGUGAUCCAUCAAUUGAUGAGUGCCAGCCAAACUGCCAAAGGAAACUUCUUAUUCAGCACCUAUCAAGAUCCUUCCCUUACCAAGUAUUACAGAGAAGUCCUUAACGACAUUCCAGGUGUUACAAGGAUAAACGAUGAAGGACCUUUUCAAAAGAUGUUUAUCUUUGAAGCUUGUACCAUUAAUUUUUACGCGUGGGAGUGAUGGAAUACUUUAUGGCCUUUUUCAAUCUGAAAGACCUCAGUCUGAUUUACUGCAUGUCUCCCAUACUUGUACUAGUUACUUUUCUGUAAUUUACUUGGAUUUUCUUGAACAAGUUUGUUUAAAUGUUUUUUUUUAUUUAUUUUCUGUGUAUCAUAAUUCCGUGUGUAAUUUGCAUUAGGUUCUGCUUUUUUUAAAUUUACUUUCCUAAUUAUACUCUUGAUUUCAAGAAAGCCUAUAGAAAAAUUUAACUAUACGUUAAAUUGAAUCAAUCGUACUUGUUGUUGUUUAUAGCUCCAAGUCUUCUUAAUAGUGUUAUAUUUUGUUGAUGAUUUCGGCGAAAAUGUUUUUUAACACCGUCAUUAAUGUUCCUCAUUCUCACAGUCAAACAUGAUAAUUCAAUCCUGAACACUAGCAGGGAAUUUCAAAUUCAGUAUUUUAGGAUGUGAUAUUAGGUUAUAAAAUGAUGGAUAGCGACUGAAAUCAAGUCUUACGGCUGGUUUGCACGAGGCCAAAGACUCUACAUAACAAAGAAACAAACACAUUAAAGGAUGUAUUUCAUUUCAAUUUUCUUUCACCAAAUUCUUGUGUGUAUUUCAACAAAAUUAAGAAGAUGGAAAACACAUAAUGCAUGGUUUGAAUCCGUUCACUUAUUUUUAGAUUUUCCUGGUAAAACCCCAAAUGUUGACUGAUGUAGUUUAAGAUAUCCUUGGACCAACAAAACAAAUACAUUCAAAUCAACUCAAUGAUGCGACGAAUCUAAUUUUAAUAUGAAAUAAUUUAUUCUUAAAUGAGUGAAUCAAAACUGACGUGAAAUCUAAUAUUUGUGUUUCUAAAGGGUUACACUAUUGGUCUGAAAAUUUAAGACAUUUGGCUUUACCGUUUCUCGGUUGACCUUAGCACUUUCAAUUCUCAAGCAUGAAGAUUUCGAUUUUUACCAUAUGAAAGUUAACGGUUUCAUCUGUUGACACCCUUUUAGAAUGAUUACUGCUGUCUUAAUUGCUGGUGUUCGUGGUAAAUAUGGCUCUUUGCCGAUCAAGAUGCCUCAGUCUGAGUUUAUUUCUUCGGUAUUUAGGGAAAGGUUGAGGACGAGUAAAGUAUUUUCAUUCGGAACUCCAUCUCCAAUGCUCCAUUGAACCGAGUCUUAAUUCUCCAACAAUUUUACCGAGUGAAUCCCUAUAAAUGUCAAAUUAUUGAAUCGUAAUGCCGGAACGCUAAGUGGGCAAACAAGGUUAUGAGAAAGUAGAUAACAUAUUUUUGCUACUUUCGCGGACCUUUCCAAAAGCAUAGUUAAUCGAUUAUCUAUGCCAAAAGAGAGCAAAGAAUCGAAACAACUUAUUGUUUUGCGGGCAUUACGCCAUCCCAAUUGUGUUCUCACAAGCUUUCAUCUUAAAACCACUCAUAACCCUGUGGGUAGAAUUACUUGUUGUUAGUGGUAUGACAAAGACUGAAUCAACUUACGUGCAGUAAUUUGGAUCGAUUGAUGCGUGUUAUUUAAUGACAGCUUCCAUGAAGUCAAACAUAGCAAGGUCGCACGUGAGUAGAUUGACCCUUAAUUUUGUUGCGUAAUCGCAUUCUGAUUGUUUACAUGCCAAGGUAAAAGUAUUACGUCACAGGAACUGUUUUGUCACUUGAGCUCGCAAACGUUAUCCUUCAAGCAGAGAGAAGCGACAGCCGCACGUCCGCGUUCGUGCGCUAAAGAAAAAAGACAAAAAUUUUCUUUUGUUUGUUAGCCACAACAGUUUUAAUACUGAGAGAUUCUGACGUUAGAGUUUGAGCUCAAUAAUCAAACAAACAACAAAAUAAAUUAUUUUAAAAUCAUAAAUAAUACUAUCAUAUAUAUACUUCUAGAUUGAAACCGGCACAAUGCAAAUACCUAAGAAACUCAAGGGCGACCAUCCAAAAGAAUUGUCAUCUUUCUGUUUUGCCUGAAACCUGUCCUCCUGAAGCUUGGAGAUCAUGGAGCUUGUGGUAAUAGAAGCCUGACAACCAGGAGAAGAAUGUCUUGAAGGGAAGAGUUGGGGCCCCACCGAAUAGGUUGGUGGCUGGCUGUAGCUGGCUGCAGAGCGUAGCACACUCAGCGAAAGGCGCCCAAAACUCUCGAUCUGUCCAUUUGUAAUCUUCUAUCUUUGUUCUCUGAUACAAUUCUACCUAUAGCAAAUUCAACUCCCUCUUUUCUUUAACCACUCUAACUUGUAUUGAUUGAUCGACUCUAAUUGACUCUUAUUCAUUCUGAGUAACGUGGGUCGACUUUCUCUCCUCUCUCUUUCUGUUUAUAGGUAGGCAUGAGUUGGCAUACUGGCCAAUCGACCUUGGGAAAUCAAGAGAGAAAAAUGGCUCUUCGACUUGCAAAUGCUGGUGAUUUCGACGAGAUAUCAAAGCUGUCUAAGAGGAUGGAAAACAGAUCGAUUCGACUUCGUCCCCAUACAAGUUCAAGAAAUGGCUCGCGGAACCCAAUAGAAUAACUAUGGUUGCUGAGAAAGGAUCGAAAAUGGUGGGAUUCAUGAGAUGCAGCGUCGUUGACGGGAAUGAAUCAAUGGUUAUUGAAGCUGCAAGAGUUGAUCCUAGUCACAGACAUUAAGGCAUUUACAGUUCUCUUAUUAGUUUUUUGAUUGGCCUUACCCGGGAAGAAAUUCCUACUUUGGUGCGUUUAAGGUAUUCACUUUGGUCUGGUAUUUACAAAGCAGUCAAACAUUCAGCCAUAGGGACAGGACGAAAUUGCAAGAAUCCGUUAACGGAAACGUGGCAGAAACAUGUUAAACCGUUCCGGAAACACGACGGAUAACCUGUGUUUCCGUUACCGGUUUCGUGACGUUUUCUCGCGUUUCCGUUGCUGCGUAUACAACGGAACCGGACCACUUUUACGUAAACAUAACGGAAACAUGGCGUUGCAUGUUUCCACCACGUUUCAGAAAUACGGAAACAUGUGAUUUCGUCCUGUGAGGACUUCAGAUGGAAGAUAAAGAACUGCAGUGUUGCGAUUUCUAGCCUACAAAGUUGAGUCAGAGAAUGUCAAUUUUGGAUACAAAUUCAAAACGGCUCCAAACCUGUGCUGUAAACAAAGGGUGCAUUCCUCGCUAUUUUCUAAUAAUAUUCUUGUUUUUGACCGACAUAUUUUGAAGCUAUCCCAUCCAGUAUCGAUCACAUCUUAUCGGAUCAGGAUCGAUAUUAAACCAAGCGGUUUUCAUGUCAGCUUGACCUCAAUGAUCAAAGUUAAGGACUCGAAGCUUUGCCUGUCAGUCCUUAUGUGAUCUAUCAGUUGAUGAGUGCCUGUCAAACUGCACAAAAAAGGUUUCUAUUCAGCACCUAUUAAGAUCCCUGUCUUAAUGAGUAUUGCAAAGAAGCUGUGACGGACUUUCCAUGCGUUAAGAGUAUGAGCAAUGGUGGGUCUAUCCAAAAAAUUUUAUCCUUGAAGUUGCGGUUGAGGCAUCACAAUCGAUGAAAUAGAAGUAGUAAUAAUAAUAUACUUUGUUUCCAUACGUUUUUUUAGGGAUGUUACUGGUUAUUACACGCACGACUUAAGUGUUAUAGAGAAGUUAAUUAAGUAAUGCUUACUUUACAUAUUACGAUGUGACAACGUUACAAAAAAAGGAGAGAAAAAGAAAACCGUUUGUUUAGAAAUCCACCGAUCUGAGUAAUCAGUCUGCGCUUUUUGUGUGAAAAGUAGAGUCGUUUGUUACUUGAUGUCGUUACCAACAACAAACAUAAUCCUCCUGACUUUCAGCCAUCAUUCUUUAUUGCUUCCUGUACAUUUCGAUUCAUGCCAGCUCACAAAAACAAGAGUAAAUUACUUUCAACUCAGUCAGUUUUUUUAGAAUUUUGGUGACGACGUUCUCCAGAAUUUUUAAAUGUCAGUACUUGUCUUGAGGUCAUCAUCGCCUUAAUGAAAAAAAGAAUUAGCCAAAUUAAAUUCAAUGGCAUCAUUUUUGAUUGAUCGAUGAUUCUCAUAUUUUAUACCAUUUUUCAUCAUUCAAACAGUCGAUGAUUAAAUCCUUUCGACGUUCUUAAAGUGAGUGAGGUCACAUCGCCUUCAAAAAGUUAUGUACAUGGUAUCAUGAUCGAUGUUUUAUACCCACAACAGUCGAUGAUUAAAUCCUUUCUUAGAACAUGAUCAUAUCAGCUCUGGUUUAAUUUUUGAUCUUGUAUAAAGAAAUGUUUAUACUGAUUAAAGAAAAGUGUAACCGGAUGAGUCAAGCACGUUGCGCGUUUUCGAAAACGAUAACAAAGUCGCUUAGCCUAUCUAACGUCCUCAACAUCAAAAUUUAAGAAUUUAGUUUGUCUGUUAAUAACGAAGAGAAGGAAACUAAGCCACCGAUAUCAGACUUCGUUGACUUUACGCUGAGAUUCUAACCAGCAUCUUUGAAGUUCUUACGUGGUUAAUCGUGUCAUGUCUCAAUUCCAUCCAACAUGUAAGACAUACAUCGAUGCACUUGGCACAAAAGCCUUUCCGCGGGUGGCUGACAGUUGCGUUUUUCCGAGAAUUUCUGGCACGGCCAGCUUCUCAAGAUUCUGGGUUUUCGAGAUCACUCUAAGACCACAAAUCACGAAUAAUCAUUCUUGCAAGAAAAACACUUAUAAUGAAAGGAACUUUUUUCAUGGCUACCUUUAUGUUCUUGCUAUCUUUUGUAACAUGAUACAAGCUAUCGCAAUUGUGCCUUCAGUCAAUCUAUCAUGGCUAGACGUGACUACUAUACACUUAGGGGAGAGAUCACUGUGUUUAAGGUGUCGUCACUCGGAAAGACAUGAAUCGAGGGAAAUAAGCCAAUCCCAAAUAGAUAUUCACAACUUAACCUCUCAUAACAGGAAAUGACGUUCCCUGUUACAGAUAUUGAUGUAAGAAGCAAAACUCUGCGUGUGCAAGUAUCCAAUAUAAAAAGAAGUAAGUUUCUACGUAGCUUAGAAGACAACCAACGAUCAAGAACGUUGUUAUCAAGAAUCGAUUAGGGCGGUUACUGACGUGCUGUUUUUUACAAAUUCAAACAUGGGUUCAAGACUUUUCCACCGUCUUGGUUCUUCAGCAGCCCUGUUUAGUCGAAAAGAUUGUUUUUUCUGGACAAACAAACGUCUAAUUUCCUGUCUGCAAGAAGGGCAAGUGGUUGUGCGACUUGCAAAAGCAAGUGACUUUGACGAGGUACUUAAACUGUCUAAGAAACUUAAAGACACGUUUGACUAUGUCCCCUACAGAUUUCAUAAAAGGCUUCUGGAGCCCAACAGAAUCUCUUUGGUUGCCGAAAAAGGGACAGAGGUAGUUGGUUUCGAAGAAUGCUCCAUCGUCGAUGGGGAAAAAUCAGUGCUUGUGGAAGCUGGAAGAGUUGAUCCUAAUCACAGACGUCAUGGUAUACUCGGUUUACUAAGGGCUCUUACACCUGUGCUUAUCCGGGAAAAAUUCCCAAAAGUUGUGCGUACCAGGUACACGGUGUGGUCUGGGGCUUAUCAAGGAGUGAGAAAAACGAACCAAAAGCAUAACAUCUGCGAUAAAGAACUGUACCACUAUGAUUUUUUAACCUACAAAGUUGAGCCAGAACAUGUCAGUUUGAAAUACAAUUUAGAAAACUGUUCGAAACUUCAACCUUGCCCAAAGGAAGAGUUUAAAAAACGCAUUCUGGAAAACGCCAGUACCAGCUCUCUCUUUCCUAAUAAUAUGCUCGUCAUUGAUUGGCAACCGUUUAAAGCUAUCCCAGCCAACUUCAAAUCCAUCGUACAAGACCAGGAUCGAUAUUUCGUCGAUUCGUCAAACGGUCUUGCGAGAACUUUGACAUCUUUUAGUUUGGGAAGAUUUGUACAGCUUGUUCGUGGCAUGAUGUGGACAUCGACCAUCUACGCUAGGGACUCAAAGCUAUGUCAGUCCCACGUGAUCCAUCAAUUGAUGAGUGCCUGUCAAACUGCAAAAGGAAGUUUUCUAUUCAGCACCUUUCAAGACCCAUCACUUACAAGGCAUUGUGAAGAAGCCCUAACGGACAUUCCGGGGGUUACAAAGAUGAAGGAAGAAGAGUCUACCCAAAAGAUGUUUAUCUUUGAGGGUGAAUAG